UUGGUUGUCAUCUGCUGCACAAGGAGCAUCUUGUUGGGACUGGAGAAAGACAAAGAAAAGCUGAUGCAAAGUAUUCGCCCAGCGACCUCUCCCGAGAAUAUAGCGAAGGACAACAAACUGACUGUGGGUAUCAGUACCCUUCUUACACAACGGCAGACGUACAACGACUUGGUCAGGCAAGAGAAAGACACGAUAAAAACUAUUGAACGUCUAACACGUGAGCUGGAGAAGGAAGUUUCAAUACUGCGAAUGAAGGACAUGGAUGACCACAGGAGCAAGAAGCUGGCGUCGAUCUCCGAGAAGAAACUCGUGAGGCUCGAGAAUAAGCUACACGUCGAGACAGUGAAAUAUAACAAUAUUGCUACAGAAAAGGAUCGGCUGAGGGAAGACAUCGAUACAAUGCUCAUUGAACAUGAGCUCUUUGAAACCGCCUACCAACAAUUACUUAAGAAGCUUGUUACUGGCAAAAAAGUCAUGUCAGACCUUAUGAAGCUUGCGACCUCCAACUUCGACCAGAGGGACGAUGCGACGAAGCAUCUGCAGGCGCUGAAGGACCGCGCAAACCAGGACCAGAUGGCGCAGACCAAGGAGAUCAACAAGCUGCAGCGCUACUGCGGCCGGCAGACCAUCAUCCGCGACUUCAUGGCCACCAAGGGACACCAGAGGAUCACCGCGGACGUCGUAGCCCAGAGGAUACAGAAGAAAGAACUUCAAAAGGAAGAAAUGAAGAAGCUUAGGGAGAAGUAUCAAAAAAUUCUAGAUGACAUUAAGGAGUUUACUGAUCAGCAUGACGUCGAUGCACUAACUGUGCGCUUCAUAGAAACUCAAGAAGAAAACUUUGCUCAGUUUAACUGUUUGAACGACAUGUACAAUGAGAUUGACGAAAUGGAGAACCAGAUUAAUGAAAUUAACGAAGAGAUCGAGCGGCUGAAAGAAGAGAAGGAGACGCAGAAGGAAGAGCAGAUCCAGGAGCUGGCGAAGGUGGAGGAGGAGCUGGAGGCGAAGAGGGCGGAGCGCGAGGCGGCCGACGACCGCCUGCAGGACCGCGACGUCUCGCUGGAGGCGCUCUUCCGCGGCAUCGAGGACCUCUUCAACGCGGCCGGCUGCGACAAGACGCCCACCAUCACACACCUCGGUGAAAACGAGCACGUGACUCAGCACAACGUGAUGAUGUUCCUGAACCUCAUAGAGCUUCGCACCGACGAACUCCUGAACCAGGUAUUCUACGCCGAGAAGAGCAAACCGUGGAAGUUGGUUCCGUGCCAGCUUCCAAUCAUCAAGAUCAGGACGCCCAAGAAGCCCAAGGUCAGCCAGGGCGACAAAGGAGCUGUGGACCAGCCCCACAUCUGUGAGUUUCCCGCAUCCUACUGUUUCCUUGCUUUAGUAAACAAAUCAGUCAUCAACCAGAACGUUACUUCAAUCUCCAUCGAGCUUUAA